AUGAUCAAAAUUGACCUUAUAAAAAAUGAAGGCUUUCUGCUCUUUCGUGCUGCGUUUGCCGGACAGAGCAGUCUACGCGCCGACAUACGGGCAGACACAAACCGAGAUGGCACCGUGGAUUUGACCGGUCACUCGGAUGUUAUUGGGAAGCAGAAAUGGACUGAGUCACACGGUGCUCUCUUCCUGCCCAACAUCGGGGACACCGACAGGCGAUGCUCCAAGAAAGCACUCACCCCGUACCUCAUGGCCCCUGUCCGGACAGUCCCAAUUCCGGGCCUCCCUAGCGACGCCAAAGGAUUCGUCUCUGUUGUUGAAAAGACAGCACAAGGCAAGAAAGAGCUGGAGAAAGGAUUGAAGCUAGGUGUCGAUGGGCGUGAUACGCGCCGUCCCAACGGCUGGGACGGCCACGCCACCCUUCGCUUUUCGAUCCUAGGCAAGAAUCUGAACUCGACGGAUGAAGUGCAUAUGAGAGUCGCUCCGGUACUCACUCAUCAUCACCUGCAAUCCGUCCAGCAGGUAAUUGCCGUUGAGGGAAACACAACCGAAACACCGUGGCAAAAGAAAUAUACCGAAGACCUCUCAAACGCCGUUCAUUCCGCUGGUCUCAAUACCGACGUCUAUCUCUUUAACCGCAGCGACGAUAUCUGGGCCCAGGAUUGGAUGGAACCCGGGUAUGCCAGCAUGCCUGGACCAAACGGCACCAUCUCCAUCCGGAUCAUGAUCCGCACGCCUCAAGACGAGCGUGUUGCUGGUCGCCAGCUGUUCGAGUACUACCGUAAAGCUGGAGUAGGAGCAGUUCAGCAUCUAGGCGGCGCACGCGACGAGAUCAACUCGGGAGGUAAUAUCGAAGCCGUACCUCCACACACCAACGGAAGGUCAUGGCCAGCUGGACGCAUUAUUCUCGGCAAUCACGGUAAACAGAAGCAUCAUCUUCUUCCGUACUUCCAGGCACAGGAGACGCAGGACCCUAUUCUUCUUGAUACCGACUGGCUUGUUAUUGGCCAUGUGGACGAAUUUCUUCAAUUCCUGCCGGCUGACAAUGAGCGCGGCUGGGUCGUAGUCGUCGACGACCCUCGGGCAGGAAUUGAGUUCCUUAAGAUUACACCCAUGACUAUCGCACAGGCCCUGAACGACAAGGAGCUCCUGCAAAUCAAUCACCAGUGCGCCGAGCGCAUUGACGCCAACAUCGAGAUCCUCAAGAAAGAGGUCGGUCUGACCGAUAAAGAUUUCAUCCACAUCCCUUCGCUGUUCAAGCAAAGCGAGUGGGGUGCUAGUGACGAAGAUUCUCAAUCUCUCAAAGUCGCUUCCUUCUUCCCAGGGGUUAUCAACAACCUCGUUCUCAGCGGAUUCAACACCUGCAUUGCGCCCAACCCGUGGGGUCCGUCUCCCAAUGGCACCGAUGUGCUUGCAGCAGCUAUCCGCAAGAAGUACGCUGAGAUAGGAAUCAGCCUUGUCUUUGUUGACGACUGGAACACCCAUCAUAACUAUGGCGGGGAGGUACAUUGUGGCAGCAAUACGGUCCGUGAUAUGUCACAGGCCUGGUGGCGCGACUGA